UAUACAGUAUAUAUAUAGAGAGGGAGAGGUGUUGGAAGAUCCUAAAGCACUUAUUGCUCACCACAUCUCAGCACAACAUGCUCAGACUGUUAGUGUUGUUGAUGGUAGUUGUCUAUUGUAACAGCUGCUCCCUUGAUGUGCCCAAUGACGGUACCACAAAUGCCCCAGAUUGUCAUGACAGGCAAGGAAAUCCCCAUAAGAUUUACACUGAGUGGAGCACAGACACUGAAAUAUGUGUAUGUUCCACUUAUGGGACCCUCUGUUGCCCAAGAUUAGACAAUUUUAGCGACUGGGGAAAAUGGUAUGCUGAGCAUUUUGGAGGAUAUCGCCAUGGGAGCAACUGGGAACAUGAGUAUGGAAAUCACGUUGGCGUGACUGACUUCAUUGCAGAUCAUUAAGGACACUCAGCUGUCCUACUAACAUCCUAAAAAUGUUUUGACGUAAAUAAUUCUCUCUCUCAAGUAUCUUUGCUAAUUUGUUAAAAUAAACAUACAUGAGCAUGCAUUUGUGUUUAGUUGUGCACUUAUUAAAAAUAACAAAGAAAUUAUUGUGGUGCAUCUUUCCUGCCACAAGAGGGCAGUACAACAGUGAGUGAAAGAGUUGAUUUUAUUGAGAGUAGGAUAAAUUAUAUUAAUUAAUUAAUUAACCAACAUAUUUAAAGCAGUAAUUAAUUAAACAUCAAUUAAUCGAAUGAUUUAAAAGCUAAGGAACUAUAUCAUCUUAAAGAGUUUAUCAGGAGGUAACCCUUUGUAAACAUACAUUUUUCUGUCAAUAAAGCAGUUUUAGCAGCUUAAGUCAUAGAAUAUACUUUUAGCAAAAGUCAUAGAAUAUCUUUACAUAACAAAGCCUAAAAUUUGGCUUAGAAUCUUUACAUUUAUGAAGGUACAACAUGCCACAGAGAGUUAUCAGUUUUAGUCGGUUUUAGUGCAUCAUCCUGCCACAUCAAAAAUCAAUACAUUCAUCAUUUCAAAACAAAAAGGUUAUAAGCCGAGAAAAUAAGAGUCAAAACACCAAGGCAGAAUGAAGCCCAGCAGAAGUUACUACAAAGAUAAAAAGAGAGAUAAAUACACUUUUUGUGUGUUAGACCUGACUGUUGUAGCAGCUGGACUACAACAACCCAGAUGAAAGAACUUUAUAAAGACAAUGCAGCACAUAUUUUCUGCCACACGAGGGCAGUAAAACAGAGAAUGACACACAGCACACUUAAACAACUGAGUGAAGCCCAGCAGAACAUUUACUACAGAGGCAGCACAUUGCAAGGAUGUGGAUUCAGAUGAAAGGAACAGAAUAGAAAAGAACAGAACAUAAAUGAAUAAAAAUACAGACAGAGAAACAUAAGCAUGUUGCAGCUGAACACCUGAAGUUGGCUGAAUCUUUUCCCGGCUGUCGAAGAACCGUUUGCUAUAGAAGACACAGGUGAGUUCUUGAAAUGCCACAAACACACACAGAUACAUCGUUACCCAAUGUAUUCUAUAUGUAGAUGCUAAAUUUGUAUAUUAUAAAAUAAUACAUUAUAUGUGUAGCACCAUGUUGGAUCUUCUAACAAGAAACUUUGUUGCACAGAUUUUGAAUUGUAGAGACUGCAAUUUUCUUUUAGGUUUAUUAUUGAAUUACCGUAUUUUUCUAACCAACAAUUAUCAUAAUUCGGUGAAGUUUGACUCAUUGUGAUCAAGAAUGUUCGUACAACGCACAGGUCGAUUCUUUAGUUACAUUUUUUCAGUAUUUAAAAUGAAUGCUCUUGCUUGACAAUUGCUAUGAUCACAUUGCAACCUUAAACAGACACAGACUAACAGACUGAAAAAGCUUGUAGUGACAUACAGUCUGCUGAUGGACUUGUUGACAUUGACUGAAGCCAUUUGGUGUUGCCAUGAAAUGAAGACACACAGACAAUUUCACACUUGCGCACACACACACACACACACACACACACACACACACACACACACACACACACACACACACACUCUCUAGUCAGUAUUAGUGCAGGCAGAAGCUAAAUAGUGACAUUUUAAGCCUUUUCUGUAUUAGAUUAAGAUCAAAAGAAAACAUUUAUUUAUUUUGGGUUGUUUUGUAUCUGAAUCACAUCACAUACUGUGCAUAAAAUAUCAUCAGUAUCAGUGAUCGUUUCGAACGUGAAAUUUAGGUACGAGAAAAUGUAGACAAAGUACCACACAAAAUCCCGUGCUGCAGUGAGAUUUCUAUCAACCUAACAUAAAUCCACGCCUGAGAGUAAGAAAAUAUGAGAUUUGGAGAAGGAUAACAAAAAGGAGAGACAGAAAGAUGGAAAGAGAGUGAGAGAACAGCAGGUUAAUAUGAUCUUCUGCCCUUCUGAGUCCUAUUACAGGUGAAGAAAAAGAUCUGACGAUGUUAAAGGAAAAGAUGUCAGGUGUAAAGCAGGUUAGAUAUGGCUCUUUCUCCCCUUUCUGUUUUCCACACAAACAGACACAUAAAUGUUACAAAAACAAGCUAUAUUUGGACUUGAACCUAUAUAGCCUGGCUCUUUGUUUUAGCAUGUUGCAGAUGUGUUAAAGGCAUAGUUCUGCAAUCAUUAACUCACCAUCAAGUUUCAAACCCACCUGUCUUCUGUGGAACAGAAAGGAUGAUGUUAGGCUGAAUCUUGGUGACUGAAGGUCCUUUUCCUC